AUGCAUAAGGGGCAAGACUUGACCGAGAGCCUGCGCCAGCUCACCCAGUUGACUCAGACCAUAGGAGUUGCCGUACUCAAUGGGAAUAACGGUAGUGGUGAUUUGUCUAGGAAGAUCACGGGACGUAAUCCACCGUGUUACUUAGGUCAGGAGGAUCCGGAAGUUCUCGAGAGUUGGAUCCGCACGUUUGACAAGCUGUUUGACGUGGUAGGAUGCCCAGAGGAUCAGCGAGUAGAGGCUGCUGUAUACUAUCUACAGGGAGAGGACGAUCACUGGUGGGUCAUGGAGGGACCGACUGUUCGGGCAAGAGAAGGGUUUGACUGGGAGAUGUUCAAGAUGGUAUUGAGGGAGAGGUUCUACCAGGAGUAUGUCAAGGCUGCUAAGUAUGAGGAGUUCUUGCAUCUCGAGCAGGGAAGCUCGACUGUCCCGGAGUAUCAUGCCCGCUUUGUGGCACUAGCUCGAUUCACUCCUACCUUGACACCGGAUGAGGCGAGUAGAGCUCGCAAGUUUAUCCGGGGGUUGCACUAUGAUGCUCAGAAGUCUUUUUCAGCGGCCAGAUUUGCUACUUUGACUGAAGCCUACAAUGCAACUGCUGGUUACUCUAGGCUUCAACAGUUGCAGUGA